AUGGCGGCCUUAUAUGAUUUUGGAGGCAACUCAUACAAAAUUGACUCUGUUAAAAGUACCGAACAGAUUAUAUUCUGCAGUAUCUGGGGUGAAAAGAUCAAUACAAAGCAUAAAUUAGAUAAGCGACUCUUGAUUUGUCAAGAAUCAUCCAUAAGUUUAUAUAAAUCGCGUGCAUUCUCAAAAGAUCCAGCUUUAUCAAGAAAGUUUUCAUGGUUUGAUAUCGUUAAAUUCGGUGUUAAAAAUGAUAACCAAAUGUAUUUUACUUUCGAAGAAGGCGAAAUUAACUUUAAAUACGAUCAUGCUAAUAUAUUAGCUGUAAAAAUUGCAGAGUUCAUCAAAAGCAUACUCUUGGAGAAAGAAAUGCCUGUCAUAAAUUUUGAUGACGAUGAUUCUAAAAAUUCUCUCGAUCUUAAAUACUGUACAUUGAUGAGGUUCAGAGCUUUGAUCUUUCGAGAUGGAGCUACUCUAAAAGAAUCUCAUUUGAGAGUAUUUGGAGAGUAUAUUCAAUCUCCUAUCAAAUCCAAGUCAUUUGACUGUACAAAAUUCAAGAACUUCGGAUCAAUUGAUAAGUACGUAUUAGAAGCUCUCAAAAUCGACACAACAAUCGAAGAACUGAUGAUUCCUUCUUCAGGAAAAAAUUCAAAUUGGGAAUAUGUCGCCGAAAUAAUCAAAAGCAGUCAAACACUAACAAGAGUUACUACAAGCGAGAAGUUUGAUGAGAAAGCACAAGCUAUUUGUACUUCAUUUAAAGCGAAUCAAUAUUCAAAUCUCCAAGAACUUGUAUUUGUCAAUAACCACAUAACAGAUGUACUUGUAGGUAUCCUUGAGAAGAUCAUAGAAACAAUUUCAUUGACUUCUUUAACUCUUUCGAACUCGAUGUCCCCAAGAGUUUUGAAAUUAUUCCUUACAAACAUUGAAUCUUGCGAUAAUUUCAAAUACCUCCAACAAAUAAAGCUAGAUUCGAUGCAAGAACUAUACAUUCUCACUGCAACAAACAUCUGUAAGAAUAUUGCCAAUGUAGCGAUUACGAAUUGUGACAUGGAGGUUAUCACAUUUAUUAAAAACUUGUUGAAAACAAAGGAUUGCGCUAUAGAAAAGUUCGAUAUAAGCAAAAAUAAACUUACCGUUCCGAUUUUUCAAGCUGCUUUCUUCCCUACUUCAAUUAAAGAGCUAAUAAUGAAUGAUAUGAACAUAGACUUACAGUAUUUACCUUCUCUCUUUAAUGCUUUGCAUAAUUCCAAAACUCCAAUUAUUGUUCACCUGAAAAGGAUGAAUAUUGUUGCUGAUAUGUGGGAUCCUGUUCUAGAUGCUAUUUGCAACAUUACUUGCCCAGAACUUGAAGGACUUUAUUGGGAUGGAAACGUUAUCAAGGGAAAACUUCUCAAAUUCUUCGAAUCGCUACCUGAAUUCAAGCUUUUCGGAAUCAGCGGAUACAACAAUGAAGAUGGAAGUAUCGAUGACCUUUCAGAUUUCAUUGCUACCACAAAAUCUUUACAAACUCUCAUAAUAGAAGGAACAGAGAAGAAAAUGUCCACUGACGUGAUGCAGAAAAUCCUAAUUGCAAUCGGCCAGAACAGAUCAUUGAAGACAAUUAAUCUCAAAUCUCAAGUUCUCACACCAGAGCAAGUUGUUCUUUUAGGUGACUCGUUGAUGCAAAACAGAGUUAUUGAUCAUAUUAAUAUUGAUCGAAUUUCAAUACAAUUUGCAGAUUUGUUCCCAUUUUUGCAAACUCUAAGAAAGAGAGGCGCUCCUUUGAAAAUCGUUUACGAUACUUCGAUUUCUAUUCCUGAAGACAAGAAAUCAGAGGUUUCUCUCAAUGUCAGAAAGAUCGGAAUUGGAGAUUCAACAAUUAGCAUUCCAGAGGAAACUAUCAAGCACAUUGACCAAGAUCGUAGUCCAGGAUAUCGCACUCUUACUGUUUCUGCUACAACAAUUCCUUCGACGGAUCAAAAAGCUCCAGAAAACGAAAAAGACCUUGAAGAAAAAGAAAGUGAAUCAUAUUAUUUCGACUAUUACUCAGACCCAUAUUCGUAUUAUUACUCGUAUUCAAGCGAUGAUGAGAAAGAAAAGGAGAAAGUCAAGACAAAGAAAGAGAAACCGAAGAAAGAAGGAAAAGUCAAAACAAAGAAAGAGAAACCGAAGAAAGAAGGAAAAGUCAAAACAAAGAAACCUGUUCAGAAACAGCCAGAAAAUAAACCUCCUGAAGAGGAAAUUCCAAGUCUUUUGAUGACUCCAAUAUAUGGAGAAAUUCCAGCUCCUGUCUCUCAAUCAGUUCUUCAGAAUCUUAUUGAUCACUACAUGAUCAAAGAUAUUAUCAGAAGGGUUAAGGAAAAUGAUGUUUAA